AUGGAUGUCUCUCUUUGCCCUACCAAGUGCAGUUUCUGGAGGAUUUUUUUGCUGGGAAGCUUCUGGCUGGACUAUCUGGGUUCGGUGCUGGCUUGCCCUGCGAACUGUGUCUGCAGUAAGACAGAGAUCAAUUGCAAGAAUCCCGAUGAUGGGAAUCUCUUCCCCCUCUUGGAAGGACAGGAUUCAGGGAACAGCAAUGGCAACGCCAGCAUCAAUAUCACGGACAUCUCAAGGAAUAUCACUUCCAUACACAUAGAAAACUGGCGGAGCUUGCAUACGCUCAAUGCAGUGGACAUGGAACUCUAUACUGGACUUCAAAAGCUGACUAUUAAGAACUCAGGACUUCGGAACAUCCAGCCUAGGGCAUUUGCCAAGAAUCCUCACUUACGCUACAUAAAUCUCUCAAGCAACCGGCUCACCACACUGUCAUGGCAACUCUUCCAGACAUUGAGUCUCCGUGAACUGAGAUUAGAGCAAAAUUUCUUCAACUGCAGCUGUGACAUCCGCUGGAUGCAGCUGUGGCAAGAGCAGGGUGAGGCCAAACUGAACAGUCAGAAUCUCUUCUGCAUCAGCACAGAUGGCUCUCGAAUUCCCCUGCAGCGUAUGAACAUCACCCAGUGUGACCUACCUGAGAUCAGUGUAAGCCACAUCAACCUGACUGUACGAGAAGGUGAGAAUGCUGUCAUCACCUGUAAUGGCUCUGGCUCCCCACUGCCUGAUGUAGAUUGGACUGUCACAGGACUGCAGUCCAUCAAUACCCACCAGACAAACCUUAACUGGACCAAUGUUCAUGCCAUCAACUUGACCCUGGUCAACGUCACCAGUGAAGACAAUGGCUUCACCUUGACCUGCAUUGCUGAGAAUGUGGUGGGCAUGAGUAAUGCUAGUGUGGCACUCACCGUUUACUAUCCUCCGCGUGUGAUGAGCCUGGAGGAACCUGAACUGCGACUGGAGCAUUGCAUCGAGUUUGUGGUCCGGGGGAACCCACCCCCUACCCUGCACUGGCUGCACAAUGGGCAGCCAUUGAGGGAGUCUAAGAUCAUUCGGGUGGAAUAUUACCAGGAGGGUGAGGUUUCUGAAGGCUGCCUUCUCUUCAAUAAGCCCACCCACUAUAACAAUGGCAACUACACCCUUAUUGCCAAAAACCAGCUGGGCACAGCCAAUCAGACCAUCAAGGGUCACUUCCUCAAGGAACCCUUUCCAGAGAGUACGGAUAACUUUGUCUCAAUCUAUGAAGUGAGCCCCACACCUCCUAUCACCGUGACCCACAAACCAGAGGAGGACACUUUUGGGGUGUCCAUAGCUGUUGGACUUGCAGCUUUUGCCUGUGUCCUCUUGGUGGUUCUCUUUAUCAUGAUCAACAAGUAUGGCCGACGGUCCAAGUUUGGAAUGAAAGGUCCAGUGGCUGUAAUCAGCGGUGAGGAGGAUUCAGCUAGCCCACUACACCAUAUAAACCAUGGAAUCACCACACCCUCGUCGCUGGACGCCGGGCCGGACACAGUGGUGAUUGGCAUGACUCGAAUCCCUGUCAUUGAGAACCCUCAGUACUUCCGACAGGGACAUAACUGCCACAAGCCGGACACAUAUGUCCAGCACAUUAAGAGGAGAGACAUUGUGUUGAAGAGAGAACUGGGUGAAGGAGCUUUUGGGAAGGUAUUUCUGGCAGAAUGCUACAACCUCAGUCCAACUAAGGACAAGAUGCUGGUGGCAGUGAAGGCCUUGAAAGAUCCUACCCUGGCUGCACGUAAGGAUUUCCAGAGAGAGGCAGAACUGCUCACCAAUCUACAGCAUGAGCACAUUGUCAAGUUCUAUGGAGUAUGUGGAGAUGGUGAUCCUCUCAUCAUGGUCUUUGAGUACAUGAAGCAUGGAGAUCUCAACAAAUUCCUCAGGGCUCAUGGCCCUGAUGCUAUGAUCUUGGUGGAUGGGCAACCACGCCAGGCCAAAGGAGAGCUGGGGCUGUCCCAGAUGCUACACAUUGCCAGCCAGAUUGCCUCUGGGAUGGUAUAUCUUGCCUCACAGCAUUUUGUCCAUCGGGAUUUGGCCACCAGGAACUGUUUAGUUGGAGCCAACCUAUUGGUGAAGAUUGGAGACUUUGGGAUGUCAAGAGAUGUCUACAGCACUGACUACUAUAGGGAAGGGCCAAGCCGGAAGGGGCAGUUCAGCACCACGUGGCAGCGGCAGAGGCUAGCAGCACCAGCAGCUACAACAGUGGGAGGUCACACCAUGCUACCGAUUCGUUGGAUGCCCCCAGAAAGCAUCAUGUACAGGAAGUUUACUACAGAGAGUGAUGUCUGGAGUUUUGGGGUGAUUCUCUGGGAGAUCUUUACCUAUGGAAAACAGCCUUGGUUUCAGCUCUCAAACACAGAGGUCAUUGAAUGCAUUACUCAAGGUCGUGUCUUGGAGAGGCCCCGGGUCUGCCCCAAGGAAGUCUAUGACAUCAUGUUGGGAUGUUGGCAGAGGGAACCCCAGCAGAGGCUCAAUAUCAAGGAAAUCUACAAAAUUCUUCAUGCUCUGGGGAAGGCCACCCCAAUUUACCUGGACAUCCUUGGCUAGUGGUCAAAAAUUCCUUCUUUCUCCCUUCCCCACUUCUUUCCUUCCUGCUCUAUUUCUCCCAUUUCUUUCUUCCUUGACCGAAGCAAACAUCUUCAUAUAAACUCAAGUGCCUGCUACACAUACAACACUGAAAAAAAAA